CCGGAACAAUCCGAGGGCGCCAGCAAUCGGCAAUGGCGAAGUCCACCAAAAUCCACCCAACCAGUGAUCCAGAAAUGGACCCUAGUUCCUACUCCCUUGAGAAAUUCAAACUCUAUGAAACGAGGGCCAGGUUCUAUCUCAUCGGCAGUGAUCGGAAGAAGAGAUUCUUCCGAGUCCUAAAGAUUGAUCGCAUGGAACCCUCCGAUCUCAAUAUAAGCGAAGACCCUGUAGUCUAUCCGCCUCAGGAAGUCAAGAGCUUGCUUCAGCGGAUUGCCGAAGGCAAUCGAGCUACUGGUGGUUUGUCCUUCGUCGCCAAGGUCUACGGCAUCGCUGGUUGUAUUAAGUUCUUGGAGUCAUAUUAUUUGAUAUUGGUUACAAAGCGUAGGCAGAUUGGCUGUAUAUGUGGUCAUGCAAUUUUUAGCAUUGAGGAGAGCCAAAUUAUUACAAUUCCACAUGUCUCUGUUCAAACUGAUGUUGCUCAUUCGAAGAACGAGUUGAGGUAUAAGAAGCUCUUGUCCAGCGUAGACUUGACAAAAGACUUUUACUAUAGUUACACAUAUCCUAUAAUGCGAAGUUUACAGAAAAAUGUUCUAUCCGCUGGUAAUGAAGGGAUGCCAUAUGAUGACAUAUUUGUGUGGAAUGCUUUUCUAACACAACCAAUUCGAUCAAGAUGCAAGAACACUAUCUGGACAAUUGCUCUGGUUCAUGGGAAUUUUAAGCAGAUACGGCUAUCAGUCUUUGGAAGAGACUUCAGUGUUGCACUCUUAUCUAAGCGAUCGCGUCACUUUGCAGGGACACGUUACUUAAAAAGGGGAGUAAAUGAUCGGGGUAGGGUUGCAAAUGAUGUUGAAACAGAACAAAUCGUCCUCGAUGAAGAUUCUGGAUCAUGCAAAGGGAAAAUGAGUUCGGUUGUACAAAUGAGGGGUUCAAUUCCCCUGUUUUGGUCGCAAGAAGCUUCACGAUUCAGUCCAAAACCUGAUAUCAUAUUGCAAAGAUAUGAUCCCACAUAUGAGGCAACCAAACUUCACUUUGAAGAUCUGGAAAAGAGAUAUAACAAUCCAAUUAUUGUGCUUAAUCUGAUCAAGACUGUGGAGAAAAGGCCACGAGAAAUGAUGCUACGCCGUGAGUUCACCAAUGCAGUUGGGUAUCUAAACCAGAUACUUCCAGAAGAAAAUCAGCUUAGGUUUAUCCACUGGGACUUCCACAAGUUUGCAAAGAGCAAGUCUGCCAACGUCUUGGGAGUUUUGGGUGGUGUUGCUAGUGAAGCACUGGAUUUGACAGGGUUCUAUUAUAGCGGAAAGGCAGCUGUUAUUAAAAAGAAAUCCAUUCAACUUAGCCGGACAAGCACUGCGAGGGAGGCUUCCCUUAAAGAUCUGAGAACUGGUUCAGGGGAUCUAUCAACGGUAACUGGUAAUACAGAUAUUUCUAGUCACUUGAUCAAACAAGACAGAGAUCUGAACCAUAGUCAGAAGAUUAAGAAAUAUAACCACAGCAACAAAGAUCCGCAGUUCCAAAGUGGAGUUUUACGAACCAAUUGCAUUGAUUGCUUAGAUCGAACAAAUGUUGCCCAAUAUGCCUAUGGUUUAGCAGCCUUAGGUCGCCAACUCCAUGCCAUGGGAUUGACAGAUGAUCCCAAAGUGGAUGCUGAUAGUAGUAUUGCUGCAGCUCUAAUGGAUAUGUACCAAAGCAUGGGUGAUGCUCUUGCACAGCAGUAUGGUGGAUCUGCAGCCCACAACACUGUAUUCCCAGAGAGGCAAGGAAAGUGGAAAGCUACAACACAAUCUAGAGAAUUUUUAAAAUCUAUCAAACGUUACUAUAGCAAUGCUUAUACAGAUGGUGAAAAACAAGAUGCUAUAAAUUUAUUUUUGGGCUACUUCCAGCCACAGGAAGGAAAACCAGCACUUUGGGAGCUUGAUUCUGAUUAUUAUCUUCACGUAUCUGGGAUAGGGGAUGACCUCAUCCCAGAAGGCUGUUCACCAACUGAUGCUGAACCUGUAGGUAUGGGGCGCACUCUGACACCUAUUGCAGCAUGCAAAGAGGACUUUUCACGGAUCAAGUUGACAUCAUUUUCCAAAUUAAUAGAACGGACUAGUGGUGCAAUAAAGAAUGUAAGGCUUUGUAGCGAACCGGAUCACAAACCUGGCAAUUCUGGAAUGGCACCUGAUGCUGUAGAAAUACAACUUAGAAGCCCAAACUGGCUUUUUGGCCACAAGAAGUUUGAAGAAAGUAAUUCUAUACCCAAAGUUGCAGCAGAUGAACUGGCCAUCAGAGGACGUGAAGAUGAGAAGAAAUUUGAUGACUUAUGUGACCCCAAUUGGAUUUCUUCGGCUAUUGACACUAAUGAAGAGGAUGUAUUUCGAAGAUAUCUUGCAAUGACUUCAAUAGAUGAAGCGAAUGGAUGGUAUGGAGGUACAUUGCUUGCUGAGCAAGAUGAAACCAGUGAGGUAUAUAGACAUUAUGCUCAGUUUUGUCAGAGCCCUGUGAUGGAACCGUUUCAAAACGACAGUGAUAAAGAGAAGCAUUAUGGUGAGGUUCUUCAUUCGGUAGCAGUAGAAUCCAUGGAGGAUGGGAGUGUGGAAGCGGAGAUGGAAGCAGCGGUGAUGGAGUACGAACUCAUUGGAGCGGAUCUCGGGAUUUGUCCCAAAACAUUCACCGCUUUGGCCAUCGACCCAACUCACUUGACAAGGUGGAUGAUCGGAGAACGACAGGCUGCUGCUGCUUAAUGAGGUUUAAACCACCAUUUUCUUCCUUCUUCCACAAUUGAAGAAAAAACUUUAUAAACAACAGUUGACCAUUCUGUACAUAGUUGACUUUGUAAAGCAUCAUGAUUUUGAUUAAUGAAUGUAUAUGGUGAAUGAUUGUUUAUAAAGAUGGUUUUCCACUUUUGGAGAGUGAUUUGGAUAC